AUGGAACUGCCCAGGAUCUUCAGCUACCUUGGCGCCGCCACGUUCGGCGCGCUGCUGGUGAGGCUCGCGCAGGAAGCCUAUCUCUAUCUUCGACCAUCGUCGCUGUCCCGUUAUCGUGCUCCAGGUAAAGAAUCAUGGGCGUUUGUUACUGGAGCGAGCGAUGGAAUCGGUCUCGGCUUUGCCCACGAGCUCUGCCGGCGGGGCUUCAACGUCUUUCUGCAUGGUCGCAAUCCGGAAAAGUUACUUCGCGUGCAAGAGCAGCUGCGGACGGCGUAUCCCACCGCGCAGACCAAAAUCAUCGUCUUCGACGCGUCCAACCCUAGCGAGGACAUGGAGCGCAUUGUGCGAGAGAUCGGCGAUGCUCACCUGACCGUCCUCAUCAACAAUGUCGGGGGCGGGACAGGCGUGUUCCAAGGCUCUCCAUAUAUGCGACUCCAAGAUUAUUCUCACAAGCAGGUGCAACAAUUAUUCAACAUCAACGCCGUGUUUAUGGCGCAAUUGACGAGACUGCUGCUUCCGAUUCUGCAAAAGAAUGCGCCUGGUCUGAUCAUGAACAUAUCGUCCGCAGCGUCUGUUGGAAUGCCUUGGCUGACCAUCUACUCUGGCGCCAAGGGCUUCGUCAACUCGUUCAGCAACGCCCUGGCUGUCGAAAUGAGGGCCGAAGGGCAAGACAUCGAGGUGAUGGACGUGAUAGUGGGAAGUGUGAAGACCGCUGCGAAUGACGUGGAGGAAGGCUUUUUCAUCCCAACUGGCUGGACGAUGGCCAGUGCCGCGUUGGACCGUGUCGGUUGUGGCUGGUUGAUGGCCUGGGGAUAUUGGCGACACCGAGUUCAGGGGAUUGGACUUGACAUCUUUCCGCUGAGGUUCAUGCAGAACAUGACUAUCUCCCGCCUUCGAGAGUUACACAGAGUGUACGAAGAAAAGGAAAAGCGGAAAUAA